AUGGUGGCCGCCUCUUCGGUUGUGAGUGGCUCAAUGUACACGCGCAGCCGCGCGGUGACAAGUCGAGUCCGAACCUACAAUUGGCCGCCGAUACAGCUCAACUUCUGGAUCUUUGUGAUGCUCCUCGCAUCAACAAGCAUCCUCGGGGUCUUUGCAAUUUUCAUCCAAACGCAGAACCAACUGCAAUUACCGGUACCAUGGUACUUCCCAUACUUCAUCACCGUCUGCGGCCUCACGAUCCUGUUCAUCCUCGGCCUCUUCUGGCUCAUAUUUAAUCGACGACUACUGCCCGCCAUAGUAAUGAUUGGCGCCUUCAUACUGUUUGUACUAUGGGUCACGGGUCUGGUCAUUGUGUCGAUUCAGCUGUUCGGGCCCGAGGGGUCAGUGUCGAGUAACUGUGACAUUCAAGUAUUCAGCCAGAAUCCAAAAGGGCAGACGCUCAAGGUCCUGGCGUAUUUGCAACAGAAGAACAUCUGCGAGUCGUGGCGGAUGGUGUUUGCCAUGGCCCUCAUUGGGACAAUAUUCCUUCUUUGGAUCAUGAUCAUGGCUUACCAAGUCUUUGUCAACUCAUAG